AUGAGCCUUGGAGGGAGAAAGCUCCAAGCCAUGAAUGACGCUGCCUCUGCCAUCGCUGCAGCAGGUAUCUUCCUCGGCGUCGCGGCAGGCAAUGAAGCCAUGCCUGGCGAUUACACAUCCCCGGCAUCUAAACCUACUGUGUAUACCGUGGGUGCUACGGCAAUCAAUGGCACGCUCUUCAAACGGUCCAAUUAUGGCACCGUAAUCGACAUCCUGGUACCCCACGUUAAUAUCACCAGCACUUGGAUCGGUGGAGGCACUGAGACUAUCUCUGGAAUCAUAAGUAACUUCCCUGAUCGACGUGCUUAUGUGACGUGCGCUGAUAUUCUUCACCGUCUUCAGAGUAUGAUUACCCCGCAUGUCGUUGGGCACACUGAACCUUCUGGACUAUGA